GGGACCCGAAGCAGCACGCGCGCUGCUGCCGGGCAUGUCCUGAGCCGGACCCGGGACCGAGCAGGAGCAGACGCGCGGACGAGCGCACGGAGUGGCCGGCAUGCCCGGCCCGGGCCCCCGCGCCCCCUGCAGCCCCGCGCCGCUGCGCCCCCUGCUCCUGCUGCUCUGCGCGCUGGCGCCUGGCGCCCCCGGAUUCGCAUCAGGGCCAGCGGCGGAGGGCCGAACAGCCCUGGACAUCGUGCACCCGGUGCGCGUGGACGCGGGGGGCGCCUUCCUGUCCUACGAGCUGUGGCCGCGCGCGCUGCGCAAGAGGGCCGUGUCCGCGCGCCGUGCCACGCGCGCCUUCUACGAGCUGCAGUUCCGCGGGCGCGCACUGCGCUUCCACCUGGCGGCCAACACGCACCUGCUGGCGCCCAGCUUCGUGAGCGAGACGCGCCGGCGCGGCGGCCUGGGGCGCGCGCACAUCCGCACGCACGCGCCAGCCUGCCACCUGCUGGGCGAGGUGCAGGACCCUGAGCUGGAGGGCGGUCUGGCUGCCAUCAGCGCCUGCGACGGCCUGAAAGGUGUGUUCCAGCUCUCCGACGAGGACUACUUCAUCGAGCCCCUAGAAGGUGUCCGGGCCCGGCCCGACCGUGCCCAGCCCCAUGUGGUGUACAAGCGCCAAGCCCCCAAGAGGCAGGCCGAGCGGGGCCACUCCAGGGUUCCAGGCACCUGUGGGGUGCAAGCGUCCCCGGAACAGGAAUCCCGGCGGGAGCGGUGGCAGCAGCGGCAGCAGUGGCGGCAGCAGCGUCCGAGGCGUCUAUAUCAGCGCUCAGUCAGCAAGGAGAAGUGGGUUGAGACCCUGGUGGUGGCCGAUGCGAAGAUGGUGGAGUACCACGGGCAGCCCCACGUCGAGAGCUACGUGCUCACCAUCAUGAACAUGGUGGCCGGCCUUUUUCACGACCCCAGCAUCGGGAACCCCGUCCACAUCACCAUCGUGCGCCUGAUCCUGCUGGAAGAUGAGGAGGAGGACCUAAAGAUCACACACCAUGCGGACAACACCCUGAGGAGCUUCUGCAAGUGGCAGAAAAGCAUCAACAUGAAGGGGGACAGCCACCCGCUGCAUCACGACACAGCCAUUCUGCUGACCAGGAAGGACCUGUGUGCAUCCAUGAACCAGCCCUGCGAGACCCUGGGCCUGUCCCAUGUGGCGGGCAUGUGCCAGCCACACCGCAGCUGCAAUAUCAACGAGGACACCGGCCUGCCCCUGGCCUUCACCGUGGCCCACGAGCUCGGGCACAGUUUUGGCAUUCAGCAUGACGGAAGCGGCAAUGACUGUGAGCCUGUUGGGAAACGGCCUUUCAUCAUGUCUCCACAGCUCCUGUACGACGCUGCGCCCCUCACCUGGUCCCACUGCAGCCGAGAGUACAUCACCAGGUUCCUCGACCGUGGCUGGGGUGUGUGCCUGGAUGACACUCCCGCCAAGGAUGUCAUCGACUUCCCCUCUGUGCCGCCCGGCGUCCUCUAUGACGUCAGCCACCAGUGUCGCCUCCAGUACGGAGCCUACUCUGCCUUUUGCGAUGGCAUGGACAAUGUCUGUCACACGCUCUGGUGCUCUGUGGGGACCACCUGUCACUCCAAGCUGGAUGCGGCCGUGGACGGCACCAGGUGCGGGGAGAGCAAGUGGUGUCUGAACGGAGAGUGUGUCCCUGUGGGCUUCAGGCCCGAGGCUGUGGAUGGUGGCUGGUCGGGCUGGAGCGCCUGGUCCAUGUGCUCGCGGAGCUGUGGUGUGGGUGUGCAGAGCGCCGAGCGGCAGUGCACGCAGCCUGUGCCCAAAUAUAAGGGCAAGUACUGCGUUGGGGAGAGGAAGCGUGUCCGCCUCUGCAGCCUGCAGAACUGCCCCGCUGGCCGCCCCUCCUUCCGCCACGUCCAGUGCAGCCACUUUGACGCCAUGCUAUACAAGGGCCAGCUGCACACAUGGGUGCCUGUGGUCAACGACGUGAACCCCUGUGAGCUGCACUGCCGGCCGUCAAACGAGUACUUUGCUGAGAAGCUGCGGGAUGCUGUGGUCGACGGUACCCCCUGCUACCAGGGCCAGGCCGGCCGUGACCUGUGUGUCAAUGGCAUCUGCAAGAACGUGGGCUGUGACUUCGAGAUUGACUCAGGCGCCACUGAGGACCGCUGUGGCGUGUGCCAAGGCAAUGGGUCCACCUGUCACACCGUGAGCGGAACCUUCCAGGAGGCUGAAGGCCUGGGGUACGUGGACGUGGGGCUGAUCCCCACCGGCGCCCGUGAGAUCCGCAUCGAGGAGGUGGCUGAGGCUGCCAACUUCCUGGCCCUGAGAAGCGAGGACCCAGAAAAGUACUUCCUCAACGGUGGCUGGACCAUCCAAUGGAACGGGGAGUACGAGGUGGCGGGCACCACCUUCACGUACGCUCGCACGGGCAACUGGGAGAACCUGACGUCUCCGGGGCCCACCAACGAGCCUGUUUGGAUCCAGCUGCUGUUUCAGGAAAGCAACCCCGGGGUGCGCUAUGAGUACAUCAUCCACCGGGACGCCGACGGCCCCGGCCUGGGCCCGCCACCCGAGUUCUCCUGGCGCUAUGGGCCCUGGACUAAAUGCACGGUCACCUGCGGCACAGGUAUGCAGAGGCAGAGCGUGCACUGCACUGAGCAGCAGGUAGGGCCUGUGGACGAGAGACACUGUGACCCUCUGGGCCGGCCCGAUGACCGCCAUAGGAAGUGCAGCGAGGACCCCUGCCCCGCCCGGUGGUGGGCAGGUGAGUGGCAGCUGUGCUCCAGCUCCUGUGGGCCCGGGGGCCUCUCCCGCCGGGCCGUGCUCUGUAUCCGAAGCGUAGGGCUGGACGAGCAGAGCGCCCUGGAGCCGUCUGCCUGCGAACACCUGCCCCGGCCCUCUGCUGAAACCCCUUGCAAUCGUGAUGUGGCCUGUCCAGCCACCUGGGUCACGGGGAACUGGUCUCAGUGCUCAGUGACGUGCGGGCUGGGCACUCAGUACCGAAGUGUCCUCUGCACCAAUGACACCGGUGUCCCCUGCGAUGAGGCCCAGCGGCCAGCAAGCGAGGCCACCUGCCGCCUGCCGUCCUGCCUGCGGGCCCUGGACGUGCUGGGUCCUGAAGGCUCGGGCAGCGGCUCCUUCAGCCACGAGCUGUACAACGAGGUGGACUUCAUCCCGCCCCACCUGGCCCCCCGCCCUCCGCCCCCGUCAUCGCCUGAGCCGGCUGGCAGGGGCAACACCAUCGAGGAGGAGGGGCCCGAGCUGGGCCCGCCGGGGCCCGUGUUCGUUGAUGACUUCUACUACGACUACAACUUCAUCAACUUCCACGAGGACCUGUCGUAUGGACCCGUCGAGGAGCCCAGCCCAGACCCGGCGGGCACAGGGCACUGGACACCCCCACCCCUGAGCAGUCCUGCUGAGCCCCCCACGGGCACCCCCGGGCUUGCCACAGAGCCUCCUGGGGCUGAGGAGGAGGGGACACUGCGAGAUCAGUCCCCUGCCCCUUGGCCCAGCCAGGCCGGCCGCUCCUUGCCCCCGCCUUCGGAGCAGACCCCGAGGAACCCUUUGCUCAACUUCCUGUCUGAGGAAGACUCCCCCACAGGGGCCCCAGACCGUGGGCUCUCCAGCUUGCCCUGGACACCUGCUUCUGUUGGUGGCAUAGCGACGCCUGCUGCUCCUGGGGACCAAGACGAGUUCCUGGGCGGGGAGUUCAGUCCGAGCCCGCCACCCCCUCCUCAGUGGGAGUGGACCAAUGAGGUUUCUGAGGACGAGGAGGCCGUAGGCCAUCCAGCGCCCCCGCUGCCCCAGACCCCACUGUUCCCUUUGUUCACAAGCACCAGCCACUCCUUUCCUAGUCCUGACACGGUCGAGUGGUGGACAACUGGGACCGUGGCCUGGGAACCAACUCCGCAAGGGGGCCUGAGGCCUGUGGACCAUGAGCUGUGGCCUACCGUGGGGGGGGCCCCUCCUUUUCUUCCCACAGCCUCUCUGUCAGAGGCCCAGGACAGGGACAGCCCGCUGGAGCCAGGGGCACCCACCGUCCCGACCGCAGAACUGGCUCCAUGGGACCUGCAGACCCCGGCAGUGCCAGGGACCUUCCUUCUGACAGCCCCCGCUGGCCUAGGACACACGCCUUGGGUGACCACCCUGAGUCCAGGACCGUUGGGCCAUCCCAAGCACCCCAGCCCUGAGAUGCCCCCAAGCUCAGUGCUAUUGUCCAUACCAGCUGUUGACAGUGCAGCCAACAGCAGCAGAGCCCCCGAGGCCCAGACUCUGGACCCCAGCCUGGCCGAGGAGGGGCCCCCUGAGGACCUGCCGCCGGCCAGGAAUGCCAGCUGGGAAGUGGGGAACUGGAGUGAGUGCUCCACCACCUGUGGCCUGGGGGCCGUCUGGAGGCUCGUGCGCUGCAGCUCCGGCCGGGAGGAUGACUGUGCCCCGGCUGGCCGGCCGCAGCCUGCCCGUCGUUGCCACCUGCGUCCCUGUGCCACCUGGCACGCGGGCAACUGGAGUAAGUGCUCCCGCAGCUGUGGUGGAGGUUCCUCUGUGCGGGACGUGCAGUGUGUGGACACACGGCACCUCCGGCCGCUGCGGCCCUUCCACUGCCAGCCCGGGCCUGCCCAGCCGCCCGCCCGCCGGCCCUGCAGGACCCAGCCUUGCCUCAGCUGGUACACCUCUUCCUGGAGGGAGUGCUCCGAGGCCUGUGGUGGCGGGGAACAGCAGCGUCUGGUGACCUGCCCGGAGCCGGGCCUGUGCGAGGAGGCGCUGAGACCCCACAGCACGCGGCCCUGCAACACCCAGCCGUGCACGCAGUGGGUGGUGGGGCCCUGGGGCCAGUGCUCGGCCCCCUGCGGCGGUGGUGUCCAGCGGCGUCUGGUCAAGUGUGUCAACACCCAGACAGGGCUGCGUGAGGAGGACAGUGACCAGUGUGGCCACGAGGCCUGGCCUGAGAGCUCCCGGCCAUGCGGCACCCAGGACUGCGACCUCACCGAACCCCAACGCUGUGAGCGGGACCGCCUGUCCUUUGGCUUCUGUGAGACGCUGCGCCUGCUUGGCCGCUGCCAGCUGCCCACCGUACGCGCUCAGUGCUGCCGCUCGUGCCCGCUGCCCGGCCACGGUGCCCCCUCCCGCGGCGACCAGCGGGCCACCCGCCGCUGACCCCUGGCCGGGUGCACGAACAAUCUACCGACAGCCGCACGGACCUCAGUGCCACCACCCCCUUGCGCCCCAAUGGUGCUAUCCCGGCCCUGCCUGCAGCAGGCUGGGGAACCUCUCAAAAAGGUAUUUUUUUAUUCUCACAGUUUGUGUAACACAUUAUUAUUAUUAUUAUUAUUAUUAUAAUACAUAAAUGAGCACCUACCGUGUCAGAGCGCAGCCUGGCUUCCUCUUGGGGGGUUCAGGUCUGAAACUCUGCCCCCACCCUCCAUGCUCUGCCUGAAAUGCCACCUCCUCAUGGGCUCCUCUGGGAGGCCGACAGGCCGGAGCUGAUGAAGAAGCCGACGGCGCCCAUUUGGGCAGGAGGCCCGGAGGCCGAGCGGGGUUGCUGCCUGGAGGAGGCGCACGCAGGGCUCCGAGGGCUGGGUAACGGGGGGCAGGUGCAGCUGGGCAAAGGCUCAGGGGCGUUGGUCCCUGCUCAGGCCCCCAGCCCCCAUGUCCCUUCUGAGGUCCUCAGACCCGUGUUUCACAGGGAUGGCCGGCCCACACAUCCAUCAGCAAGGCCCAUCUCGUCAGCAGCGGGGCCUGCCCCUGGGGUGAUGGUGGUGGUGGGAGGGAGCCCCAUGGGCACGUCCCUGGGCUGUUACCCCUGGGGCUGCUGACACUGCCCCCAGGGUGGAGGGAGCACACUGGUCAGCCACACUUGUCUGUUCCUUCAUCUCCUUGGUGCUCAGGGAAGGGGCCAGCCGGUCACAGGUCUGACUGGCUCAGCAGGCCCCUUCACUGCCAACCUGACACUGGGCCCUGCUGCACAGACCUGGGGCCCAGCCACCUGGCACCUGCCCCCCACAGCCCCUCCUGCCAAACCCACUUCCAUGCGGCAGACUGGACAGGACUACAGGCCGUCCU